AUGAUUUCCAAUCGUAAUGUUCGUGUGAUUGUGUCUGUAUUUGCAAUCUUUGCUGUGAUCCUAUUUUUUGCUACGUCGCAGAGUUCAUUUGGUAAUUCAGUCCAAAGAGUCAAUACACCUAGUAAUGGAGAUGCUAUUUUUCAGCAUGAGCAAGGGUCAAACACUCUUCAGGGAAAGCCAUAUGAGGGCAAACAGCCACCAUACUCACAGGAUGACAAAAAGGUGCCGGUUAAACAAGAAACUGGUGGAAAAGACAAUAAGGUGAUGGCUGAUAAGAGCGCUAGUGAGAAAUCAAGUCAAAACAAAGUUGGCGAUAAUGCUAACAAAAUUUCAGGCGAUAAAGAAGCAGGCAAGGGUACUAGUGGAGGUAGCUCAGAUACUUGUAAUGAGGUUGAUUAUGUGGUGAUGAUUGACGCAGGAUCAACAGGAUCGCGUGUUCAUGUGUACGAAUUUGACACUUGUAAAUCACCACCAGUAUUGUUGAGUGAGAAAUUCGAGAUGUUGAAACCAGGAUUGUCGCAAUUUGAUACUGACUCCAAGGGUGCUGCUGCUUCGUUGGAUCCAUUGUUGAAAACAGCCAUGGAAACUGUUCCAAAGGCCAAACAAGGCUGUACACCAAUUGCAGUUAAGGCUACUGCUGGGUUGAGAUUAUUGGGAGAAGAAAAAUCGAAGAAUACUUUGGCUGAAGUCAGACGUCACUUGGAAGAAGAUUAUCCAUUUGCUGUUGUUGAAGACGAAGGAAUUUCCAUAAUGGAUGGUAAAGAUGAAGGUGUCUACGCCUGGAUCACCACCAAUUAUUUAUUGGGUAAUAUUGGAAGCUCUGAAAAGCUUCCAACCGCAGCCGUGUUUGAUUUGGGUGGUGGAUCUACUCAGAUUGUAUUUGAGCCAGAAUUCGGUAACAACGAAAAAAUGGUGGACGGCGAAUAUAAGCACCAAUUUACUUUUGGAGACAGAGAUUUCACGUUAUACCAAUUCUCGCAUUUAGGUUUUGGUUUGAUGCAAGGAAGAAAUAAGAUCAACGCAUUGGUGGUUGAAUCAAAGUUGAAGAAUAGCAAGGAAUUAGCAAAUGCUAAGUUUAACUCUGAAAAAGCGAUGAAAGAUGCUAAGGCCACUGUGACUAUCAACAAUCCAUGUAUUCCUCCAGGUGUUACAGCCGAAAACGUUCAAGUUAAAAUGGCCGACGAAGAGUACUAUCUUGUCAACAUGAAGGGUCCAUCUGUGGCCGCGGGUGCCCAAUGCCGCUUCCUUGCUGAAAAGGUGUUGAACAAGGAUGCUGAAUGUACCACUAAGCCAUGUUCAUUCAAUGGUGUCCAUCAACCUUCGUUGACCAAGACCUUCAAAAAAUCCUCUGACAUGUACGUUUUCUCCUAUUUCUACGAUAGAACCAACCCAUUAGGAUUCCCAUCUUCAUUCACAGUUGAAGAAUUAUCCGAAUUGGCUAAGGUUGUUUGUAAUGGUGACCAACUUUGGAAAGAUGUCUUAUUAGAUGAGCAUGUCAAGGAAUUAAAUGAAGAACCUCAUUGGUGCUUAGAUUUAUCCUUCAUUACCGCCAUGUUGCACACCGGUUAUGAUAUUCCAUUCCACAGAGAAUUAAGAACCGCCGAGAAGAUAGACAAUAAUGAAUUGGGUUGGUGCUUGGGUGCUUCGUUACCUUUAUUAGAUAAGACCAAUUCAAAAUGGAAAUGUAGAGUUGAACAAGUUAAUUAG